AAGGAACUUCACUUCUCAGUACUUCUUUGAUCUGUCCGCUCGAAAGACCUGAAGAAAAUAGUUUCUGCCUCUCCUGACACACAAAGAUGGCUGCAGCUCUGACUCUCCUUCUCAUUGGCUGUCUGCUGCAGAGUGUCCACUGUGGAGAGUUUAAGGUCACUAUGCCGCAGACUAUAGAGGUUCUCAGGGGAUCCUGUGUGACUAUCCCCUGCUCCUUUGAUAUAGGGGACAGAUUUAGAUCAAACUUAGAUGGAACCUGUAAAGUAGUGUGGAAAAACGAACAAUGGACUGUUGUGUUUAACAGCAGUAAUCCACAAUCAUCUGCAAUAAAAGGAAAUUUGACAGGAGACUUAACAAAAACAGACUGCACCACAACCCUGAACAACAUGCAACCUGAACACAGCAACAAAUAUUACCUCAAAGUGGAAUGUGACAAUCCCCUGAAACAUAAUUUUAAUGAACAAAAGUUGGACAUUACAGUCAAAGAUGAUCCUCCCAGACUGACUCUGACUCCGUCCACACUGAAGGUGGAGGAGGGAACCUCAGUGAGUUUGAAGUGCUCUGCUCCAGCUCCCUGUCUGUCUCAUCCUCCAACUCUGACAUGGACCCCCAGCCUGGGUCACAGUCAGGAGACACUGGAGGAGAAUCAGGACAAAUAUAAAGUCAAGACCUCUGUUGUGAACUUCACUGCUUCUCACCUCCAUCACAGACAGGAAAUCUCCUGUACUGCCGUCUACAACAAACAAGAUGGCAGCACUGAGUCAUCUGUCUAG